CACACCCCAGGGAGGAGCAGCAGCGCCUGCCCCAGCACGCAGUGGGUGCGGGGUGCUGGAAGCCGAUGGAGCCGCGGUGGCAUUACCAGUUCCGGGUGAUCGUGCUGGGGGAUUCGACGGUGGGCAAAUCGUCCCUGCUGCGGCGUUACACCGAGGGGGUUUUCCUGGAUGCUGUCAAUCAGACGGUGGGGGUGGAUUUCUACGUUCAGUUCGUGGAGUUGGAGCCGGGGCUGCAGGUCAAACUGCAGUUCUGGGACACGGCUGGGCAGGAGCGCUUCAGGUCUGUCACCCGUUCCUAUUACCGCAACUCUGCGGGUGCAAUGCUGCUCUUCGACCUCACCAACCGCGCGUCCUUCGAGAGCGUCCGGCGGUGGCACCGGGAGGUGACAGACACCAUCCAACCUUUCCACGUGGUUUUCCUGCUGGUGGGACACAAAAGCGACCUGGUGGGGGAACGUAAGGUGGGCAGGAGGGAGGCGGAGCGGCUGGCGGCCUCGUUGGGCGUGCAGUACGUCGAGACCUCAGCCAAGGACGGCAGCGAUGUGACGCGGGCGUUCCAGAUGCUGACCGUGGCCAUCUACCGGGCGCUGCAGAGCGGGCUGCUGGCACCGUGCGAGGCGUGGGACGGGGUGAAGAGCAGCGUGCCGCUGCCAGCAGCGUGCCCGAAGAAGGAGAAGCAGAAGAAAUGUGCGUGCUAAGGAGGGCAUUGAGGUGCUGGGCUCUGCCGGGUGCCGAGGAAGGAGGAGCAGCGAGUGAUGGCGUUAAACAGCCCCCUGCUCACCCCACCGCCUGCCCCGUUUCCUGAGGAAAGGGAGGUGCCAGGGCCCCGUUCUUCUGUUCUCUCCCCUUACAAAGCGGUUCCCAGACAGCGAGCGCAGCCCCUCCCUGUGCCCUCGGGUCCCAAACCCGUUUUACUAUGGAGCAGAGAAUGCUUUGGUGUCCUGCGCCCAGCAGCACCGAGCCACGCUUUGGGCAGAGCCCUGGGAACAGACGGCAGCUCUGUGCGCCAGGAGCUGCCUCUCCCUCCCGAGCACCAGUCAGACCGGCC